AUGGAGUUACAUAGUUGGUGCAUCUGCGGCAAGCAAACUUUUGAUGAAAAGAAUCUGUAUUGUUCUAUUGACUGUCAAAACAAGGAAUUGAACCCGAAACAAGUCCUCAGCCCACCACCUUCUCCACCAAGCUUCUCCGUAGCGAUUGCUACCAAUGUGUUCUUUCCGAACGACCUAACGUCGGUUGUCAACGACGGAUUCCUGUCGCCCCAAUCGUCGGCCGCUUCAUCAUACACCGAAUCCAAUCCUUGCAGCUCGGUAACUAGCACGGCCGACAAGUAUCUGUCCAAAGAUUUAUACGAUGAUGGCAACUACUAUUAUUCUACGAGUGCCCCAAUCGAUAUUAGACAAGCACCACCAUUGGCUGAUAACGAGUCUUUGGAGAUUAACAAGGGCACCUUUGGCGAACACAAACUGCAUAUUUAG